AACAACAAAGAUCCUGCCGUAAGGCGGAAGAAAAUAAUAAUGGCACGCUGAUUGAGACACCGUUUCCGUUUAAUGACCGUUUCAAUCUAGGCUCAAUUGCGGUUAGCUUGGAAGCGUGUCGAGUAAAUUCGAAGUUGUGUGAUCGCGAGUAAUUGCAAGUAGCGAAAGAUCAAGUGGCGCUGUGUUGAGCGUGCGCUGACGCCAUAGUGUGUGCGAGAGGCGAGAACAGCCGAAAUGGAGGAGAGUCAAACAUCGGAAAGUGUCGCCGUGCUACCGGACAUGUCCGAACCGUUGACGAGCGAAACCGAGGAUGCGUCUGCCCUAAAGGUCGAGCAUGAGGAGCAUACCGUCGCCGUGACGGCAAGCGUCACUCCAGUGCCGGGUGUUCCUGGUGUUCCAGGAGUCGGUGUACCGGUUUCUUUACCCGUUGGUUCUAUCAUCGGUGUAGCGAAUUCGACCAACGGCACGACCUUCAACGUCAUCACAUCGGACCAACUGCAGUUACCUGGAUCAGGACAGUUUAAGCAGAUGCUAUGUGUGGACAAUGGUUUUAUUUGUGAACCACGACAUGAUAAGGACACAGAUUCAUUACGCUGGAAUGGUGAAUUGAAAGCAACUCAUAUAGUAAUCCAAAACAGUACAGAAGAGCCAGAAUCUGAACAAAUUCAUGUUUCUACUCCUAAUACUCAACCAAUAUGCAGUUGGUCAGAAUCUGCUAAUUUAGCAGUAUUACCUGUUAGAUGUAAAAAUACGAAUGCAGAAUUGCACAAAAGUAGAUUUGGAUCUGGUGGAAGAGGAAGAUGUAUCAAACUUGGACAAGAGUGGUACACACCAAGUGAAUUUGAAGCUUACUGCGGGAGAGCAUCUAGUAAAGAUUGGAAACGCAGUAUUAGAUUUGGUGGUAGAAGUUUGCAAACAUUAAUCGAUGAACAAAUUUUAAAACCACAUGCUACCUCUUGCACUUGUGCAGCAUGUUGUGAUGAUGACAGUGCAACAGGUCCUGUAAGGUUAUUUACACCAUACAAACGUAGAAGAAGGGCUAGAGAUACGUCUGAUGGAGAAACACCAUCCCGCAAACUUAAAAGUGAUAAUUCCCGCGAUGGCAGUAAUAAUGAUGAAAGUGAUAGUGAAGUUGUAGUACCUGAUAAGGAGGUAUGGCCUCAAUUUGUUUCAACGGAUGGUUUAGUUGUACAACAACCACAAGAUCAAGAUACUGUUGUCCAAAAUGUACAUCAAACAGAAAAUGGACAAAGCGAUGAUAUAUUUAAAAAAUUCGAUGAGAUGUCCAAUAAAAUGUUAAAGUUGGCUUAUGAAUUUAGACGUAUUUUGGAAGAAGCUAAGGAAGUAAGCAGACAACAAAGAAGAGAACAAGCGUUAGUGGCACAAUUAGGUGGUAGAGGAGAUGUUAUUGAAACUGUUGGUUUGCAGCCAGCAUCAGAUACUCAUAACAAAAAAUGUGCCAACUGCAAUAGAGAAGCAUUUGCAGAAUGUUCAUUAUGUAGACGAAUCCCUUAUUGUUCUACAUUUUGUCAACGUAAAGAUUGGGCAGGUCACCAAGUGGAAUGUGUAAGAGGUGCUGCAGAAACUGUAAUGCUUAUAGUUGAAAGUAGUAGUGGAGAUACUAGUGCUCUUGCUACAACUGCUGGGGACCAAUAGCUAGUGUUCCUCACACCUAUUCACCAAAGUAAUAUAGAAACUGAACAAACUAAUUUAGAAACUUCGAAAUUGAGAGAAGAAACGAAGACUUAACAAAAAUUUCUUUAAUGACGGACAAAAAGUUUUGUAUAUAUAGUAGUAAAUAUUUUAUAUGUACACAAGAAUUAAGUUGAAACGAUAUUAUUAUAUAAGUAAAUUUACACGAAAGUCGAAAUUUUUAAAAAAUCAAGAUUCAAACUUAUACUAAAUACAAGUGAAGGAUCGUAAAUCAAAUAAUUAUAAAAACAAAUAAAAAUGUGCACGUGUAUACGUACACCUUAUGUACUUUAAAUAAUAGAAAGUAUAUAUAUAUAUAGUAAGUAUGCACAUGCACUUUUGUUUAUACAUAUGUAUCACGCAUGCUAAAAUAUACAAUAAUUUUUUUUUAUACAAAUUUAUAUAAUUGACCAAAGGAGAUAAUUACGCUUUUAUGAAUGUUAUUUAUAUAUACCAUCUCCUUUUUCUUCUGCCUAUAGACACCAUUUUCAAUUUUUUUUUUCUUUUACUUUUUCUUUUGUAGUACAAAUUUAAUACUAUGAAACUAUUAUGAAAAUGAAAUUUUGAAAUAAUAAUUUCUGUUUCAUGAAUAUGUUGAAUUAUACAUUCAUCUUUCACACACAUUCACUCUUCAAAUCAAUGAUUUAUAAAACACAAUUACAGUGGAUUUUACAUAAUUAAUAAUAUAUUAUUUUUUUCAUUUAAAAUAGUAGGAAAAUAUUAAUCCAUAGCUUUAUAUACAUGGUAUGCAAAUUACUAAAGCGAUAAUUUGAAGAUUCUGUCAAACAUAAAUAAACAAAAAAUAAUAUCUAAU